UAUCGCGCGUCAAUUGCCUCGAAAGAAUCAGUGUCGCCAUCGGUUGGCCAACUCGCGCAAUCGCACGUGUUCACCACAUCGGUACAAAUCUGACAACUCUCCAUCGGGUUAUGAGACCAACCGGUUCAUUUUACAUGCUUUUUUUCUAUUUAUGACGCAUGUAAAAAAUGAGCAAAAAAAGAAGUGGUUUUGCUGCAGAGAUAUUAUAAUAUCUUAUUAGUGAAACUUAUAACAUGGAAAUUUCUUUGGGAUUUUUUGUGAAGAUAUAGCGAAUAACACAUAAUGAAAGAAAAAAGAUGAUAGUCUCUAGUCGCACAAUUUGGGAAAAGUUUCCCAUAAUAAGAACGUGCGUGCGGCCGUGCAAUCGAAUUUACAAAUUUAAAAAGAGAUGGUUCGAAUCGAGCGCACGCGAUCAUCGCAGCGAAACGCAAUUGACUCAGACGACUAUCUGCGUGCAAGAGGGCACUCGCAUACAGGAAGUUCCGCUGAUAGUCAGAAAGAUCACCGAUGUUGCGAAACUGCUCGAUGAGAAAAGCAAAAGAGUUGUCGACAAAAAAUUGCCAUCGUUAAAUGCAGAUAAAAAGCCCGCUGUAAUUCAGAAAGAAAAUAUUUCACAUUCCUCCGUGACAAACGUGAUGAAGAACGAGCCUUUGAAGCACGGUAUCAGCAUAGAGACUGACGAGGGUACGGCGAUACUCUUCUACUCUGACAUGAAGAACUUGAAGGAUGUGGAUAUAGAACAGAUUUUGGACGCAAUAAUGACAGGAAACGGGAAUAACAGAGUCUAUUCCUUGCUCGAGAACAAGAUGUCCGACGAGGUGAGCUGUCGGAUAGCGCUUCAGAGUUUGAAAAAGAUGAUCGAAUUGGAAAACGGAUGGUACAAGUAUCGAAAGACUCUGUCGAGCGGACAGUCGGCCGUGGAAGUCGCCAACAGAGACAUUAUAUUCCGACAGCUUAUAAAUGUAAUUGUCAAAAGUCGAGACAGCGAGAUGAUAUUGCAGGGAUUGAAAGCGUUAAAGAGAGACAGGUUCAGUCCUGCGAAGAAUAUUUACAAAGAUUGGAUGUGUAACGAAGCUAUGAUCAGAGCCACGGACGGUGAGUUCACGGUGUCGCAACUGAUCAGAGCGGUGAAGAUUCUGUCCUCUUACAAAGAUGCCAAGUACAGAAACUGCGUGGACAUGUUGUGGGUUGGUUUGGCCUGCAAGGAACGCGAUAUCAAACCGGAAUUUCUAGUGCCGUUGUUCAAGUCGUUGAAGCAUUUUUAUCGGAGCAGGAACAUGACGCAAAUCAUUUUGGAAAAGAAGCUUUCGGAACAGUGGAUAAAUUUGUCCGGCUCUCAGAUGAGCGACAUACUGGACUCUCUUUACGGGAAAGAUGUUUCGAAGGGUAGUCUUGCGAGCGCCAGCAAGUGGGCUGCUGUGAGCAUGACCACCUCAAACGAGAAAGAUCUCGCGAGAUUCAUCAGCAGCUUACACACGAAAAAGUAUGUCGACGAAAGCAUAGAACAGGCACUGGCGAGAUACGUGACGGCUAAAGGCGCGACGAUAAAGGAUCCCAAUUUGAUCGCGACAAUAACGGAUUAUUGUAAAGAUUUAAGAGUGAGAAAUUCGUACGUUCUCAACGGAUGCGGAAAGUACUUCAUAAGAUACGGGACGAAAAUUUCGUCCUCUUUAUUGCCGUCCAUUCUCACGUCGUUUGGAUUAUUGAAUUUACAACCGCCCGAUACCAUCGAGUUUUGGAGAACAUUCGACGAAGUGAUAACCGCGAGAUUUUCGGAUUUGAAACUAAACGACGUUCUCGACAUUUUUCUCUCUUGCACGUAUCUCGAAAGAUAUCCCGUCAAGUUUCUGGACAAAGUUUUCAGCUCGUAUCUCAUGAACAGACUGCAAAUUCAAAGAGACAUGCCUAUUGUGAGCCGUUUGAAGAUCAAAUUGAAAUUGUUCGACGCGACCAUGUCGUUAGAAUGUAAAUAUUAUCAAGGUAGUCCGAUUAAUCUCGACAGGGACACGAGGUCGUUGAAUUUGGACACGAGAAUCAGAGGUAUCGUUAAUAAGAUAUACAAACCUCUGGCGCAUUUGGUGGGCGGGGAGCACAAAUUGAGCAGGAGCGUGGUUUUAAACAAAAUGCCUCUCAUAAACUUCUACGUUUUGGAUGUUUUGAUACAUCCGCUCUUAAGGUCGACGCCGACCUUCAAUUUAAAUCUGCAAAAAAAGAAAAAUGUUAAUACCGCGAUUCUGAUUCAUCUGCCCGAGUAUUAUUGCUGGAACACUCAGCUUUUGAUAGGACCGCAAGUGAUGAGGAAGAGACAGAUGAGAAAAUUGGGUUUCCGAGUCACAUGCUUGGAUUACGCGAAACUGACAGAACUCGUAGAUCAAGACGACAAAUUGUUACUUUACUUAUCGCAAAAUCUAGACGCUGCCGAAGAUGCUCUAUAAAUUAUUCCGCAAGUGACACGCAUGUUUAUGUAAGCGUAUAUGAUUUCCCAGUGACAAGUUGUAAUAUUUUAUUUGGAUUUUUUUUUGUUUUUUGACUGAAAUCGAAAAAGAGAGAGAUGUGUACAAGACAAGAGUAAAGCAUUGUAUAAAUCUGACGCAAUAAACAUAUUCGCAAAAACAAAUCCUCAUCUAUUUCUGCUUAUAACAUGUAAAUAUGUAAAUAUGUGAGUCUUUAAUAAGGUCUGUU